AUGCUUUCUUCCUUGUCUCUGUUUUUGCUGAGUGCAUUCGUAGCACUCGCCUCUGCGGCGUCUGACUACCACGAGCAGCUCCUGCUACGACCACUCCCCCAGGACACGCUCCUCGCGUCGUUCAACUUUCGCAGCAACGAGAGCCAGACGUCGUUCGAGCAGCAGAACUUCCGCUAUGUGCCGAGGUCACUAGGACAGAUUCUGCAGCAUGCACAUACACAGGAGCUGCACCUGAGGUUCAGCGUUGGAAGGUGGGAUGCCGAGAACUGGGGUCAGCGGCCAUGGCAGGGGUCAAGAGAAGGAGGAACUGGCGUAGAGCUGUGGGCUUGGAUUGAGGCCGAGAGUGAGGAGCAAGCAUUCGCACGCUGGCUUACUCUCACCAAUGCCCUGUCUGGCCUCUUCUGUGCCUCCAUAAACUUCAUCGAUGCCACCAAGACGAUUCGACCCGUCAUGGCAUUCUCGCCUGAGGGCGACCACCGAAAUGCACCAAACCUGCACCUGCUGCACGGCACACUGCCUCACGAGGUAGUCUGCACCGAGAACUUGACACCGUUCCUUAAGCUGCUCCCCUGCAAAGGCAAGGCAGGUAUCUCGAGCUUGUUGGACGGGCACAAGCUGUUUGAUGCUUCGUUUCAGACCAUGGCCAUCGACGUGCGCCCUGUUUGCAACCUUGAUGAUGGCAAUUGCUCGUUGGAGAUGGAGCAGUCCGUGGACAUGGUCUUGGACAUUGCUCGAUCGAAACGACCACGCGACAACCCAAUCCCCCGUCCAUUGCCCGUCGACCAGAUCGAGUGUGAUAGCUCCAAGGGUUACAACGCGCACGACACCUGCUUUCCCCUCAACAAGGGCACCGAACCAGGCUGGACUCUCGAAGAGGUCUUCGGCAAACCACUGAGGGGAUCAUGUCCACUGAUUGAGGAUAGUGACGAUACAAACAGCGUCUGCAUCAACACUCCACCAGAGCGUACUGUGGACAUCAAGUCUGACGGCGAAUUUCGCGAGACGAAAUUUGCCUCAGACACGCUUCGCUGCUAUAAGCUUCCAGUCGGCGCAGACUUUGAUCUCGUCUUGCCAGAGCAGAAGAUGACAACAGGACUGAAUCGUCCGGACCCUCAGCUCUUCGCUGCUCGAUCGAUCAACGGACACGGUCAAGAACGUGGGAGCACACAGGCAAUCAUCAAGAACCCUUCGACCACUGAACCUGUGGAGUUUGUCUACCUAGAAUCUCUCCCGUGGUUCAUGAAGCCCUAUCUGCACACUCUGCGUGCCCACGUAGACAGUUCUAGCGAGAGCCCCAUCAAGGAGACCUACUACAGGCCUGCCCUGGACAGACAUCGGGGCACCCAUCUCGAGUUGCGCAUGGUCAUUCCACCCAGCUCCACCCUCACACUGACAUACGAAUUCGAGAAGGCCAUCCUCCGCUAUACCGAGUACCCACCGGACGCCAACCGAGGUUUCGAUGUCGCGCCAGCGGUCAUUCGCGUCCUGUCGCCUCAGGCUGCAGAUAAGCAGGGUAUCUACAUUCGCACUACUUCGCUCUUACUGCCUCUGCCGACACCUGACUUCAGUAUGCCAUACAACGUCAUCAUCCUCACAAGUACAGUCAUGGCGCUUGGCUUUGGCAACAUCUUCAACUUGCUCGUGCGCCGCUUCGUGGGCGCUGAUGAGGUCCCGACGACCGCAGGGGGACUUAAGGGAAUCCUUCAAGCGAAGGUUGCUGGUAUCAAAGCCAAGCUUGGCAGAGCGUGA